UAUAAAAUAAUUGUAAUUUUUGGGUGAAUUAUGAAGUCUCUUUGAGAACUUAUUUUGAGUUCUUUUCAAUGUAGGAAAGUGUGUUAAUGAAAAGUAACAAGAUCAUAAAAAAAAAAAAAAAAAGUGAAUAGCUAAAGUUAAUACUUAAUUACUACUUAAUCAACUGCUGUGAAACUAUCCAUAAUUUUUUUACACCAUAAAAAUUACACUUUGAGUGUGAGAAAGGCACUGUAGAAAUAAAAUGUAUUAUUAUUAUUAUUAUUAUUAUUAUUAUUAUUGCUACUUGUAACAAACAUAAAUGAUGUCAUGAUAGCCAUGUUUUUAAAUCAGAUUCAUAAUCAUACAUACAGCUAAAUGCAUUUUUAAGGAUUUAUCUCUGUGUAUCUUUAUGAUCCGCAUUCAACAACCGUUGAAAAUCCUAACCCUGAAUCCUAAACCUAACCCUCAUUGAAACCUUUAGGAAUUUUUCGAUUUUAAUUAAAGUAUUUAGUCUCUUCACUAAGCCGCUUGAACUGUGGUGACAGUUGUGAGGUCCUCACACUGUAGAUAAACCAGUAAAGUUGACGGUCAGCACAUCACCCUUUACAGGAAAUUUGACUAUGAAAAUAACAGUCAAACCCAGAUGGAAAUCAGAUCUUAGCAGACGUUAACGGAGCAAGGCAGGUGAAUGUAGUGGAGAAUGAGUGUUAUUUACUGUGAAGCUUUCUGCUGAUUGAUCUUGUUUUUGAUUGAAUAUGUCUUCUCAUAUUAUGAUCCACAUUCACACCACAAUGGGAACAAUGCCAUAAGAGAUUAUGGGAAAAAAUCUAAACUGCAUAGUAAAAAAAUAUUUCAAAAGAAGAACUGCUGGACAAGGACUGCAAAAGGAAUACAACUUUGAGCAAACAGACUAUUCUCCCCAUCGCUCUUCAAUACUGUCUACAUUUCCAAGAUUGAAACUGGACUGUGACUCAGCUACUCAGAGAACAAGAACAGCACCCUUGUGCCUGUAGGGCAGCAGCACUAUGAUCCCAGUGCUGUCAGGGGGCUUUACACAUGAUGACGACACGACCCUGUGGAGCAUCCUAUUCAGAAGGCAACAGCUCCAAUACCGCCUUGAGUUUCUUAAAGCGAUUCAAAAGAAGAACAACAGACUGGAAGAAUCCCUUGCAAACGAAGAGGGCCCAUCUGAACUGGAAAGAAUAGAGGAAGAGUUGAAGCUUCUGGAGGAAAAAGAGAAGGAGCUUCUUAAGAAACAAAAUGUUUCUACCAAAGUGACACCACAGCCCACUGGGAAACCCCCUGACAAAGAUCUUGGCCAUGAUUUACUUGCCGUGACAGAUGCGAAAGUUAAAAUACAAGGACUGUACGUUCUCCCUUUUUCUCCCUCAGAAACUAUUACUGCUCCUUACAUUCCUCCGCAAGAGGAAACAACAGAGCAGCCAAUAGCUCCAGAGCCUGUUGUUCAACAGCCAAAAAUUCCAAGUCCACCUCCAAAUCCAAAGUCAAAUCCAAGUCCAGAUCCCCCAGUGCAGACAAUACCCUUGGAUGACCUCCCCAUGACUACAGCCACAGUGAAGUGUCCUUUCUGCCAAAAAAUUGUCGACACUGAGGUUCGCUACAAAAUUGGCAGCAAUACCUUCCUCUUUUGCUGUCUCUUAUCUGUGUUGGGGUGUCUGGCUGGAUGCUGCUUGGUCCCCUUCUGCACGAACCGCUUCAAAGAUGUCGCCCACGAGUGUCCGUCCUGCCGCAAAGACGUUGGUAAAUCUCAUAGAAUUUGAGGGACAGUGAACACGGCUCUUAGUCUGUGAUAGUAUGACUGUAAAAAACAGACCCAGUUGAGAGUGGAGCUGGGCGCAGGAAUCUGUCAGGGAGGAUCAGGUCAUUAGGUCUUCAUUUUAAGAGGAAAGGAUGUUUCCCGCCAAGGGCGUCUGAAGAAUUUACAUGCUUCCAUUGAUCAUGUUAUGAAUACUGGUGGUGGGGUGGGGGUUGUACUUGCUUGUCCCCCCUGGAAUCUACGCCCCUGAUGCCUGCACUUACAGAAUUGUUUGGGGAAAGUCAUUAUAUGGCUUUUCACAUUUUGUUAACACUGUUCAUACUUUACCCUGUGUUAGUAUUUAGUCCUGGGUAUUCGGUUAUUAAGAACACAAUUUACAAUUGUAAACACUGGGUUAAUGUUCUUAUUUGCAUAUUUAUAAGGUUGGUUGGUUGAUUGGAUGAAAACAGCUUGCAAGUUCACCUGUCUAAAUGUCACCAUGGAAAUCCACUGUGGUUGGGUUGGUCCACUGAAAUAUACUACAGAAAUAAUACUCUCUUCCUCACCCAAAUUAAAUUGUUUGCCUUUGCUAUUUCUGCAACUGUACUGAGCAAAUGAAUAUUUAAUGAGGUUAGCACUGAGGCAGUUUAUGACUGGUUCUCUGUUGCUAAACAACUCACUGUAAGAUUCUAGCAUGAUAUCGUUUUAAACCAUAAACUCUUGGAUUUUAAUGCUGUUCGCCCUAUGGAGCAAGUUUUUAUAACCCAGGGGUAAAAGCGUUGCAAACCCUCUUUCGAAAUUAAAAAUAUGCUUGCUGAACCCAGUGUUAAAAAUCAUCUUGAGCCAGGGUUUAAAAAGAUGAUAAUAAGUGUGACAAGCCCUUAUGUAAGCAUUGUGAUAUGGCAAUACAUAUGUGCAAAAAUAAGUUAAGACAUUAAUAACUGUCAUUUUGAACAUACUGUUUGUGGUACAUGCAAAUCCUUACAUGCCAAACAAUGAGUAACAGGAUCUAAUGCACUGUCUAACAUGGUGGUAUCUGCCACAAGGGAUUUAUGUUAACCACUUUUGUGCAUGCAUAAAAAAAUAAAACUCCCAAUAGACCUGCUUUUAGGAUGAUAGACUCCAAUUCAUGACUGUGGCAAUAAUAUGGGUAACAAUCAAAGCCACCAGGACAAAAGUUGCCUUUUAAUGCACUGUUACUGUUAUAUUCUAGAUAUUUUGAAAUGCUCAUUUUGAGUGACAUUUGUGAAACACAGAAGAAUCUCUAAAAAAUAAUACUAGUUUGCAUUCAUGUACUAGCAGAGUAAAUGAGUCUGGAAGAGAGCCAAAGAAUGGUUACAGGAAAAUACUAUAACCUACUGUCACUAUGAAAACAAAUGCAUUUUCCAACCUCACUGCUGAUCAAACAAAACUAGUGCAUAUAUAUAUAUAUUUAUUUGAUUUGAUUCGUUUUAGCAUGAAACUUUACAAUAUAUCAUGGAAGACGCUAAGAGCCCAGUUAACAUUUGUAAAGUUGCGUAAUAACUCUGUGUGUGUGAACUUGUUUCUGACUUGUUUGUAACAUUUUUCACGCUUCAUACUUUUUAAGUUCAGCAUAAUCUCUUAUAACACAAAUAAACAACAGACACAGUUUUGCAUGUAAUUUCUUUGAUAUAUUUAAGAGACUCAAACAUCUUUUACAACAGUAUUUUCACAGAACAUACAUUUUCUGCGACAUGUGAUGGUGUACAUUUACUUGUAUCUUUAAAACUAUUCACAAAAUAGAGCUCAUAGAUGCACCAAACAUGUAUAAAAAUAUGUAUUACAUCCAUUAAAAUAUAUACGCAAUGUGCAAAACAUAUGGCAUACAAAUGAUGACCGCUGAAAUACAGCACUCCAUAUAAAAUGCAAGUUUGUCACCUUAUUGCUUUACUCUCCAACGGCAAUGCUAAACACCGAAUAGGACCGUAUGCUUUUCAAGCUGUACAGUAUAAUUUUAUACUCUACAAUUCAUUUUUUUUUUCUGUCUUAACUGCACUUUGAAUUAACAUUGUCUAUGAAAUGUGCUAUAUAAAUAAAUUUGCCUUGCCCCAUAAUAACCUUGUUACAUUUACAUAUCUUGAUUAAUUAGCCAUUCAAUAACAAGUCUCCUAAAUUAAGUGGCCUCUUUGGUAAUUUCAAUUGUUCAGUUUAAAUGACAUAAAUCCCCACCCCCCCCAAAAAAAACAGAGGCAUCAAAUGUUGGAAACUUAGUAAGGCCAGUGUAUCAAUAUUCUUCUCCCUCCACUUGCAGAGAAAAUGUUUUAUAGGUGUACAUAAAAUAUUGCACCAUAUCGCAUUAUUACAGCGGCCAGAAAUGCCAAAAAUUGCUCUGAACAGUCAGACACAUGCAUUACCCUUUAAUAAACAGUUGGCUAAAUUUGUUCCCAAAGCUACAUGUAGCAGUGCACAAUUAUACUAGUUGAGACUAGUAAUUGGCAUUAUUUUUUGCCUGGAUAGGCCACAAUUUGUUCAGUAUGCAUUGCAACAGUACAAAGCCUUAAAAAGGGAGCUGAUGAAUAACGAGCAUCAAUAAUCGUUAGAUCUUUGAGCUGAAGAUAACACAUACCACUGACUCCCUUUUAUAAAUCCUCAUCUGUAAAGGUGCUUUGAUGCUGUGUGAUUAAUCUAUUUGUGAUGAGCAGUUCAUCACUGCAGCACAAACGUGCUGUACAUCUUGUACAAACAAAAUUUACGUCGACACAUUUCCCUUUGAAUCAAACAUAUUUUGUGUCACAUAACCAAGCCAAAGCCAGUGGACAUGUAUUGCCUUGCUGAAUGGAAAGGCGUUAUACUUUUACAAUAUUGACACAUUUGUUAGAGCAGGAUAUAAAAAAAGGUUAAAUGUUUCCAUGAGGUGGCUGAAAACAUUGAAUGAAGGAAUCAAAGUACAGAUCAAAAUAUGAAACCAGAAAUGGGUAUACAGAAAAAAACAAGAGGAUAUGUUUUUCUGAACCAUAUUACAUCAAUUAGAUUACUUGCAUGCUGCCAAAAUGCUUACUGUUGUUCACUUACACAAAUAUUUCAUUUGGAUGUCUUGCAUUGAGAAUUUUUCUUGUUUUUCGCAAUACAGAACAAUAAAAAUAAGCUGUAAUAAAGGAAAACAGACCAAAAAAAAAAAAAACACAACCACA